AUUAGGAUCUGGAUUUAGGAUUUCUGCCUUGAAUUUAGUAUUUCAAUGUUUAACGACUAAGAAGACGCUAGAGCAGAAAGUUUUGGCUGGCAGGGAACCUUGUUGAAAAAGGACUUUAAAAUACGUACAGUCGUCUUUGGAGUCUUAUCCUGUGUGGGUAACCAUGUAAAUUAAAGUAAAUAUCUAAUAGACUAUGUUGCAUUUCUGAUUUCAAAAAUGUGAAGUUCUUAAACAACCUCUGUAACGUGGAUUUUAGUUUGAAGACAAUUGAAAUGACGAUUGAAAGAAUUGUAAUGCAGUCUUUAACUUUCAUUUAUGGUUUGAGAUGAACAGAUCUGAGUUUUCAUCAAUUAUUCACAGACCUCAUGGACUUGAUGAACCUGAUGAACCACAAGGUCCUGAUGGAGCGCAUGGAUCUGAUGGAUAUCAAGGAGGUCAAGAACCUCCUCGAUCUCGAGGUCCCCAAAGACCUUGGGGACCUAUUGCUCCUCUUGGACCUGUUCCAACGAAGUAUAAACCUAUUCUCGACACAACUCAAUCCCUUCCACUCACACCUACUUCAAGAUCACUCACUUCUGUCAGAUCCCUAGACGACUGAAAUAAUAUUCAUCUUCCAACUCCAUUCAUCCAUCUUCCUACUCCAUCCACCUUUAAUAUUCUUCUUCCAACUCCAUCCAUCUUCAAUAUUCAUCUUUCAACUCGAUUCGUCUUCAAUAUUCACCUUCAAACUCCAUCCAUCUUAAAUAUUCAUCUUUCAACUCCAUUCGUCUUCAAUAUUCUUCUUCAAACUCCAUUCAUCGUCAAAAUUCAUCUUCAAACUAUAUUAACGUAUAUUCAUCUUCCAACUCCAUCCACCUUCAAUCUUCAUCUUCCAUCUCCAAUCAUCACCAAUAUUCAUUUUCCAACCCUAUCUAUCUUCAAUAUUUAUCUUCCAACUCCAUCUAUAUUCAGUAUUCAUCUUCCAACUCCAUCCAUCUUCCAUAUUCAUAUUCUAACUUCAUUCUUCUUCAAGAUUCAUCUUCAAACUUCAUCCAUCGUCAAAAUUAAUCUUCUAAUUCCAUCCACCUUCAUUCAUCUUCAAACUCCAUCCACCUUCAAACUCCAUCCACCUUCAAUAUUCAUCGUCCAACUCCAUCCAUCUUCAAUAUGCAUCUUCCAACUCCAUACGUCUUCAACAUUCAUCUUCCAACUCCAUCCAUCUUAAAUAUUCAUCUUCCAACUUCAUUCUUCUUCAAGAUUCAUCUUCAAACUUCAUCCAUCGUCAAAAUUAAUCUUCUAAUUCCAUCCACCUUCAUUCAUCUUCAAAGUCCAUUCAUCUUCAAUAUUCAUCUUCCAACAUCUUCCCUUCGUCUUCACGAAUUGUAACUUUUGUGUCUCAGUGCACUGAGUGAAUAAGAACAAAACAAAUUGUUUUUGUUUUACCCCGUAAUGAUUUCUAAAAAAAAUGUCUCUACACUACUACAUCCUCAGCUAAACUACCACGUUUAGCCAGACAACCCCUUUAAGAAUAUUUUUCAAGCUUGUGUCCAAAAACUUUACACACUGCGAACCAAAAUAACAGUGUUAUAAAUAGUUAGUAUGUGUUUUUUUAAAUCUAUUUAAUUGUUUGCCUCAACGGCCUUUGUUUGUAAAGUUCAAUCUUAUAUACAUACAAGGUUACCCACAAAGAAUGAGACUGUAAAGACGACUUAAAAUUUUAAAGUAUUAAGAUCCGAAGGCUAAAUUAAGCUUUCUGCCUUGAACGUAGGUUUUAGUGGUUUAGGUAAUUAUUUGACAAAGAAAGAAACAAAAUUACAGUUGUAGAGAAUCUUGUAUAUAAAAAAUGACAGCAUAGAUUCCGUAUAGACGUCUCUGAAGUCUCAUACUUUGUGAGUAACCAUUUAUAAAAUGAAAAAGACUUUGCCACUUAAAA